AUGUCGCAUCUGAUAUAUAGCAAUUACGAGGGUUUUGGCGAACGUGCCAGCAAAGACACGCACUGUAGCCAGGCUGUUAGGAUUGGAGACUUCAUUGAGAUUUCGGGACAAGGCGGUUGGGAUCGCAUAACGGAAAAGAUUCCGAAAGAAAUGGAGAAGCAACUCGCUCAGGCGUUCGAAAACGUUGAGCAUACGCUGAAGGAAGCUGGCGGCAAAGGCUGGGAACAGGUCUACAAGAUUCGUGCCUAUUUCGCUCCCCUGGAUAUGUCAGAAGUUGGCACCUUCAUUGAGCUCCUGCGGAAGUAUUGUCCCAACCAUCAGCCGGCUAUGACAGCCAUCGGGGUAGAGAAGUUGGCAUUUGAGAACAUGCGUGUCGAGAUCGAAGUCUCCGCUCACCUUGGAUCCUGA